GUUUAUUUGCUGUUGGCCACAGUCGCUGCUGCCCCGUCAGCCCGGCGAGAUCACGCAGCCGCUGCUUCUGACACUGGCGACGUACUGUGGUUUUACGGUGGCAAGGCAUCGACGGAUUUGGGGGAUUUGCUGCUAGAUGAACUCUGGAGCUAUGACAUUGAGACUGACCGCUGGACUUUACAAAGUGAAGGCGCAGGGCCCCCUCCACGUGAGGAGCAUGUAGCAGUGCAUGCUGAAGGAGCGAUUUGGAUCCAUGGUGGCUGGGCAGGAUCACCUGCAGGACAGCUCGAUGACCUUUGGUCCUACAAUAUAUCCGCUGGGCGCUGGGAUCUGAUGAACAAUCUUGCAGGACCCUGGGCACGUAAUCGCCACGUUGCCGUGUAUGCUUCCGGUAGACUUUGGCUUCAUGGCGGAUUUGGCAGAACAGAUCUGGGUGGUACGUCGCUACUGGAUGACCUGUGGAGCUAUAACAUUGAUACUGGCAACUGGAGUUUACAAAGUGAAGGAACGGGACCCUCUCCACGCAUGGACCAUGUCGCAGUAUAUGCUGAGGGAGUGAUUUGGGUCCAUGGUGGCUGGGGAGGAUCAGAUGCAGGACAGCUUAACGAUUUGUGGUCCUUUCAAAUUUCUGGCGGGCAGUGGAACCUGAUGAACACUGCCGAAAGACCUCCGAGUCGGUAUCACCAUGCUGUUGCUUCCGCUGGAGGGCUGAUCUUCAUUCAGGGCGGCUGGGGAGGCGACGCAGCUGGCAUGUUCGACGACGUCUGGUCCUACGAUCCUGAAUCUGGACUUUGGGCUCUGAGAAGCAAAGGCACUGGACCGCCUGAUCGAGUAAGUUAUGCUGCUGUGCAUGCGGCGGGGAAACUAUGGAUUCAUGGAGGUUCCAGUCCUCGCUCGGGCCACAACCCGCAUUUCGGUGACUUGUGGUGCUUGGACCUGAGCACGGUCUCUUGGCGGCAAGAACAUGGGCAAUUCGACCCCUCAGUCGGGCUGAUCAUGCUGUCACUGAACUUGCUCACCUUUCUAGUCUGUCAUUGCGGUGGUCGGCUCUGCUGUCUGGCGAGAUCCAGGCGGAUGCGAUGGAGCUGUAAGCAGGUGGGCUGCAGAGCGGUUUUGCGCUUUUUCGCACUUCUUGCUACCUUAGACACCGCGGAGCAGGAGGUUUGUGGAUGGAUUGCUCGACCCCUUGCCUCCUUGUGUCUGUCGAUCCUGGCUGGGGUCUUGGUGCCAAGUGCGAUGUACUUGUGGGAACUGGUACCGAUCACUAUAGCACUAAACGUAGUAUGUUUCAGCUUUCUGUUUCUGUGCUUUGAUCAGCCGCGCGUCCGUGCCUUGGAACGAUACAAAGCAAGAUGGCGCGAGUCCUCGUUGUCUGAUCCCGUGUACCUGACCGGCUUUCUUCUGAAUGCAGACAUUCGGCUGGUGCGGUUGGAGUAUCUGCAGGAGUUGCUACAAGAAGGGCACGCGCUGCCUCGCAGGCAAGAAGCGGAGCAUGCAAGCGUGAAGUCUACGGGGCAGACAGCUGUGGUCUCCCAUGCUGAGAUGCUAGCUUGGGCCGCGAAGAUGCGUGGAACUCGCAGUGGCCAGAUGGCAAGCCCUAUCAUUGUCGUCAGCCACUGCUGGGAGACCCGAGAACAUCCUGAUCCUUGGGGCUACCAGCUGGAGACCAUCGUGAGAUCUUUGCAGAAGUUGCAGCAGGAUGAGUUUCACGAGAUCUUGGGUGUGUUCAUUGACUAUACCUGCCUUUACCAGUUCAAGCGCAAGAGACGGCACGAGGAGGAGAGUUUCAGAGCAGCGAUGGAGAAUAUGUCUGUGCUAUAUGCGCACGAGUGGACUCAGACACUAUGCGUAAUAGAUCAGACGCCGGAGUCCUACAAAAGCAGCAGCGCUGGCAGAAUCUCUGUUUAUUGUCCAGACGAGGAUGAAUUGCAGGACAGGCCAAUCACCAGCUUGGUGCCAAACACGACAGACUACGAACUACGUGGGUGGUGUUUGGCAGAAUUGCAAUGGUCCAGUCUUCGAGCUUCAGAAGUAUAUCGGAACCCGCUCCAUCCCAGCAGCGCCUUGCCAAACCAACAUUUGUGGGCACGCCGGUCUCCAAUGGCACCCUACAAGUUUCGCAGUGAGUUGGCGAAGAGAGAGAUCAAGUUCACACACAGGUCCGAUUUCACGCCUCUGAUCGCAGCACAGCAGGCAGCGUUCGACGACAAGGCACGCCAGUGUGACAGACUCGGAUUCUGGGAUCUGCCGGCCGGUGAGGUGGAGAUUCUUGGAGAGGCUGUGUACUUCUUCCCGCACGUACAGACUCUGAUUCUGGAGCGGUGUCCUGCCAAUGUGGAGGGAUUCAUUCGAAAUCUUUCGUUCAGCACCUCCCUGGAGCAUGUAUUCAUGCGGAGCGCUGAGAUCGGAGACGCAGAAGCCAAGGUCAUCGCCGAAUUCCUUCCAAGUUCCAAGUGGAAGACGAUCGCGUUGGCGGACAACCACAUCGGAGACGAAGGAGCCGCUCACCUAGCAGGCGCCGUGAAGGCGAUCCACACGCGCCUGGAAGGUCUGCAGCAAACAAGGCCUCAGAGCUUCCUGAUGGACCUCACUGGGAACUGGAUCAGGGAGUCCGGGCUUGCUGCUUUCAAGGUGGUGGUGGAAGUGAGGAUCGGCGGACAGAAGAUCGGUCGUGCCUCUGGCAGUGAUGGUCAGGCGGUGGAUGCUCCUCAGGCUACGGUGAUUGGGAAGGAAACGGCUCCAGAGACGAAAAGCGAUGGCCUCCGGGCCACCGCGGAUGUUUCCCCAGCAGAUCCGGAACCUCCUGGUUGCAUCGCUGAUCCGCCGCUGCUAAACAUCUUCUUAUCUGUAGGGUCUACGGCUUAG